AUGGCCGAUAGUAGACGUGUAUUUGUACAGCUGGCAGUCAAGAAGGGAUUGCAGAUGGAAAUAAAAGCACCUGUUAUGGCCUUUGUUAUGCCCACCGACUUGUGGCUUUCAGUCAUUAAUGAAUUCCUCAUGAGCUGUAAUGAUGACGAAGUCGAGGUGGAACAGCGUCCUACGGGAUUACUAGAAGGCUGCGUCGUGCUGCAUGCCGCGUCAUUGGAGCAGGUUAUAGAGCCAGCAGGCUGUAAAGAUGGCAAACAGUACAUUUUAUGUAUGAGCAUGGAUGACGCUGUGCUUUUACAAAAGCAAAAGUUUGGUGACAGUAGUCUUACGGGUACUCAUGACGCUGACGCGCUGGCACGCGAGAGUAUCGCUCUUACGGACCAACUCGAGUCUUUGGAAGAGUUUGAUUAUUAUUUUGAUGGUACUGGGACAUUACGUCAUUGUCGCACAAAUCAAGCAGUGUAUGAACUCAUGAGUGACGAGCGAAGAGCUGGUGAAUUAGACGAUAUUGUGAAAGCUGCAAUCUUUCACAUCCAGAUGGAGAUGUUGGCUGAAUUGGCAUUUAAACAGGCUCGUGUUCCACUGGACCCACAACCGGAUGAGCCAAAGGAGGCUCGCUCGAGUGUUUUUCUCACGUCGGAUUGGCGUACAAACACUAAUUUAUUAGUGGUGGUCAAUGGCGGCCGUGGUGCACAACCUGGUAUCUGGAGUCGAGAUCUGCUGAUUCAGGAGGGGUUGGAGCUCGGUUCGAUGCUGCCAGUGAUGCGUCGUGCCACUACAUGUAACUUUGCAGUGCUAGUGCUUAAUCCGUCGACAAACAAUGUGACUAUCGGAAACGAUACAUUUCCGAUUCGUGGAAACUCAUCGCCAGAUGAGCACAUUCUCUACAUGUGGGAUAAUAUCGUUUCGCGUGCACAGGCUCGCAAUGUGUACAUGUUGGCGUACUCGUUCGGCGCAAGGUCUGUGCUGACCCUUAUCCAAAAUCGUGAAGAACAGGUCGUCAAGCGCGUGAAUGCGCUUGUAUUUGCAGAGGGUGCGUAUCACAUGGACCCGUCGACUACAUCUCCAUCAGUUGCUCAAUUCUUAAAGCAACGCGCUAUCAAUUUUAAAGGGGAUGCGCAAGUCCCCGUGGGUGGGCAUAUUCCUGCAGAAGAGGAGAAACUUUCAUGCAGUUGUUUGUCUGUCGGGGACCUCACAGCAUCAGCUCCAUCAGUUGACGGCAAGGCAUCACCGACUGCAUCUCCUGCAUCUGCGCUAUCGAAGCGCAGCAGUAGCAACAAAGCUCGCACUAUCAGUCUUUCGUUAGAAACGACUUUCACUUAUUUCAUAGCAGCGCGCGACCGAGGCUGCGGUGCAGCACAAUUUAUAUCUGAGUCGGAAGCCAAGACACGGACAUGGCUUGGAAACGUCAUUAGGCAGCGUUUGGACUCACUGAAGCCUCGUAAACAGAGCCGCCGCCUUAGCGCUGCGAUGGGGGUUAAUGCGAGCGAAUCCCCGCACCACCGGAAAACAGCCCGUCGGUCGUCAUUGGACACUGACGCAAGUACAUCGACAAUGCGCGCAUCGAUUGCUAGCAGUCGUGGCAUUAGUUCUUCCAGCCAACAAUCUCAUGGCGUUUCGGUGAGUGAUUUUGAUUUGAUCAAGGUGAUUGGAAAAGGAUCGAUCGGAAAAGUAUUUCUUGUCCGCAAGAAAGAUACGCAUGACGUUUAUGCCAUGAAGGUGCUGCGCAAGAAGAACGUGGUUCGCCAUGGCUUGGAAGAGCACAUAAGAACGGAGCGCCUGAUUCUUGAAGAAAUUGACCACCCCUUCAUUGCUAGGUUGCGCUUUUCGUUUCAGACGAAGGACAAGUUGUAUCUUGUGACCGACUAUUGCUCUGGCGGAGAAUUAUUCCAUCACAUGUCUGACGAUGGUUUUUCGUAUGAGCUUUCACAAUUCUACGCUGCCGAGUUGGUGCUGGGGCUUGAGCAUCUUCAUCAACUUAAGGUGGCGUAUCGCGAUCUCAAACCAGAGAACAUCCUUGUUGAAGCCUCUGGGCACCUGCGCAUUACUGAUUUUGGAUUGUCAAAGCUAAACGUGGUUUCGGACAAGGGUGCACAGACACUUGUGGGUAGUCCCGAGUAUCUGGCACCUGAGGUGUAUAAUUUGCAGAAAUACGGAUAUGCUGUGGACUGGUGGUCGCUUGGCGUAUUCAUCUACGAGAUGCUUACAGGCGUUCAUCCAUUUAUUGACGACAAUCGCGAGGUCAUGGUGAAGAAAAUCAUGACGCCGGGUUGGGUUAGUACGCGGAUGCCGCCCGAGAUGCCCCCCGAAGCUGCGUCAUUGAUUAGUGGGCUGCUUACAUUUAAUCCGUCGGAGCGCCUUGGAUCGCGUGGUGCUCAAGAAUUGCGCGAUCACGCGUUUUUUGCUGGCGUAUCCUGGGAUGAGCGAGUGCGGCGUGAGGUGGCACCCCCCUGGCGCCCGGUGGUGCAGGACGAGCUAGAUGUGGGCAAUUUUGACGCCGAGUUUACAUCCGAGCCUGUCGUUGACAGUGUGUGUACGCACCAGUCUAUGGUGCUCAACUACACUUUUGCUGACUUUUCAUUCAAUCCCAGCAUCUCGGAUUCCAUGCGCAAGGGUUAA